UUAACAGUGUAUUUUCUGGAAGCUAUAGGUGGAUUUUAUAUGACAAGUUCAGUGGUAUCAAUUGAGAAACAGUUCCAAAUUACAAGUCGAAUGUCUGGCUUGAUGGUAUCUGCUGGAGAUUUCGGUUAUAUUCCUUCUGUUAUAUUCGUCAGCUAUCUCGGAGGAAAAGGUAAUAGAGCGAAAUGGAUCGGUGGUGGAUGCCUGUUAAUAGCUUUUGCUAAUUUCUUGAUAAGCAUGUCUAAUUUUUUAUUUCCGGUUGGAAAUGCAAAUACUGUAAAUGCAACUGAAAUAUCGAGUAUUCGAAUUCUUACUGGUUCACCCUUCUCUAUGUGUAGUGUUUCUCUAAAUGCCCUUAGGAUUAAGAUUAAAAGUAUAAAAUGUUCAACUGAUCCGUCGAAUUCUGGUCCUUUUGUAAUGAUUUUUGUUGGCCUUCUAAUUCUUGGUAUUGGUCGAACCAUGCCAUUUUCACUUGGCCUUCCUCUUGUUGAUGAUAACGUAAGAGGAAGGAACCUUCCAGUUUAUCUUGCUGGGAUGUUUUUUAUACGCAUUCUUGGACCGGUACUUGGCUUAAUGAUCGGCAGUGUUACAAACAAGUAUUAUUAUUCAUUCAGUGCACCUCCUGGUAUCUCACCUCGUGAUCCAAUGUGGAUUGGAAGAUGGUGGGCUGGAUUUCUUGGCAUUGCUAUUAUUAUGUUUGGUCCAUCAUUAGCGCUUUAUUUUUUCCCAGUCCCUAAGAAGGUUCAAAAAAAAUUCAGUCUAGCACUGAUCGAUCGAAAUAUUGUCAAGGAUCAAGAAGGAAAUGCCAUAAUACCACAAACAAUAGCUGAAAAAUUUCAUGAUUUUGCUUCAACAAUAAAAGCAGUUUUGAAAGCUCCCGUAUACUUGGGUAUGCUUUUUGGUCGUAUUCUAGAUGUUCUCGCAUUUAAAGGAUUUUUCCUUUUUUUACCCAAAUAUCUCGAAGUUCAAUUUGGUAUGCCACAACAUAAAAUUAAUUUCUAUAUGGGUAUUAUCGGAGUAACUGGUUUUGCAACAGGUGUGGUUACAGGUAGCCUCGUGAUGCGAAAAUUCAAACUACGAGGUCGUAAAGCUGCAGCAUAUGUAACUAUUUGUUCGGCAGUAGCAGCAUGUCUUUCAUUUAUUAAUGCCGCUGUUGGCUGUAAAUCCGUGUUAAGUAAUAUUGGUGAUUUAUCUAAUCUUAUUCAACUACAUAUUCUGAGUUCUGAGACAUUUCAUUCAUCAAAAUUUAAGAAUAAUAUUUUUGGCGAAUUCAACAAUGCUUGCAAUGAACGAUGCAAUUGCGAUAGCGCUCCAUUGUAUCCGGUUUGCAAUUCCCGGGGAGAAUCGUUUUAUUCUCCUUGCCAUGCGGGUUGCGCACUUAAUUUCAGUGUAGUAAGCGAUUCAUUUGAAAGAGUAAGUAAUUUUAAAUAUGUAGCCCGUGAUUUUUGUAGUCAAGAUGACUGCGAAUCAAAAAUUGUCUUAUACUUGAUUAAUAUGGCGGUGAGUGGUAUUUUUGGCGGAAUGGGUUUAAUACCGAGUAUUCUGAUGAUCUUAAGGUUUAAUGCUUUCAUAUUACCAAUAUUAAAACUUGAAGAAAGAAAUAUUAAUAUUCUUUCUCUCUUUAUUUCAGCAACUUUACCUUCACCUGUAAUCUGGGGUUGGAUCAUCGAUAAAUCUUGCAUACUGUGGAAUAAUGUGUGUGGCGAUCCUGUUCGGGGUGCUUGUGCUAUCUAUGAUUCUGAUCAGUUACGUAUACAACUACAUAUGAUCUACGGGUUGAUGAGAACUGUUGGCUUAUUCGCAGAUCUUUGGGUUUUGUAUUUCGCGAAGAAUCUCAUAUUAAUAAGUGAGGAGAAAACUGGUUUCAAAAUAUGA